AUGUCUUUUCACGAGCGAAAGAACAAGAAGCGAAAAACGGCGCACAAUGGCCAACAGGACAGAACCUCAUUCAAGCCAUCCGCCUGCUUCACUCCCACACCCGGCGGCAGAGACUGGACAGUAUCAGUAGCCAUGCCAACCAGCAUUCUCACAAACCUAGCAACUGCCGACCAACGCAUGUCCAUCCCAGGGCGAAUCGCCCGCGCUCUCGCCGUAUUCUCCGUAGACGAGGUUGUCGUGUUCGACGACUCCCCCGUCUCUUCUCGCCCACGACAGACAGACACGGCUGGGUACACAGGCGACACCGACCCAGCCCACUUCCUCACACACAUUCUCUCUUUCCUGGAGGCACCGCCGUUUAUGCGCAAGGGCCUCUUCCCGCUGCAUCCUAACCUGCGCUUGACGGCCCUUCUGCCCAGUCUAGACAUGCCGCAUCACCCUAAUCCCAAGGAAUGGAUCUCCUACCGCGAAGGCGUUACGAUCGCCGGAAAAACUAGCACGGGGAACGGCACCCUCGUAGAAGUAGGGCUCGAUGAGCCUGUCGAAAUUGAAGAGGAUAUCCCGCCCAAGACUCGUGUUACGCUACUAUUUCCCGAGGACCAGUCGCAGUACCCGCAAUGCGUUGAUCCUCAAGCGCCUAGGACAGAAGGAGGAUAUUACUGGGGUUAUACAGUGCGGAAAUGCCCUUCAUUAAGUUCGGUAUUCACGGAGAGUCCCUUUGAGAAUGGGUACGAUGUCAGCAUUGGUACGUCGGAGAGAGGAACACCAAUUUCCAAGACGUUUUCAUCAUCUAAACCUCUGGACUUUAAGCACUUGCUUAUUGUGUUUGGUGGGCCGCGUGGACUGGAGUUUGCGUCUAUGAAUGACGAGGAAUUGGCGAAGAUGGAGAUUCAGGGUGGCAAGACAAAGGAGCUGUUUGAUCAUUGGGUCAAUGUGCUGCCUGGGCAGGGUAGCAGGACGAUUAGGACGGAGGAGGCAUUGUUCAUUGCGUUGACAGCAUUGAGGGGAUUAUGGGAUAGUAGCUAG